AACAUGGCUGUGAAGCAUCAGUCCAUAUUUAUCUGAUCCGAAGUUCUUCAUGCACUCAGAGUUCGCUUGCUCCCAUUUGAAUUCUUGAAAUUCCGAAAAUGGCCAUAGGAUCCCAGUUAUUUACGGGGCUAACCUUGCCGGUGUCACCCCCAUCAUCUUCUACCUCUGCCACUGCCCUCUGUACAGUGGAAAGAUCCCUCAAGACAUCACUUUUCAAUGGUGGAGUAGGAGCUUUUAAAGUUUCGCAGAUAAAGCUUGCUCCCUCAAAUCUAUCUAUAUGCAGUAGACAAAGAGGGAAUGCUCUUGUCACACGCAUGAGUCUUUUUGAUCGAUUUGCUAGAGUUGCGAAGUCAUAUGCUAAUGCACUCAUAAGUACCUUUGAAGACCCAGAGAAGAUUCUAGAACAGACAGUGCUUGAGAUGACCGAUGACUUGACAAAAAUGCGUCAAGCCACAGCCCAAGUAUUGGCAUCUCAAAAGCGGUUGGAGAAUAAGUACAAAGCUGCACAGCAAACCUCUGAAGAAUGGUAUCGUAAAGCACAAUUUGCUCUUGGAAAGGGUGAUGAGGAUCUUGCUCGUGAAGCUCUCAAGAGGCGUAAAUCUUAUGCUGAUAAUGCUAGUUCUUUGAAAGCUCAAUUUGAACAACAGAAGAUUGUUGUCGACAAUCUGGUCUCCAACACACGGAAAUUGGAGAGCAAGAUACAGGAGGCAAGGUCGAAGAAAGAUACGCUGAAAGCACGCGCGCAAUCUGCCAAGACUGCUACGAAAGUGAACGAGAUGCUGGGGAAUGUCAAUACUAGUAGUGCUCUUUCAGCUUUCGAGAAGAUGGAAGAAAAGGUGAUGGCUAUGGAAUCCCAAGCUGAAGCGCUUGGCCAGUUAACUACUGAUGAUCUCGAAGGGAAGUUUGCGUUACUAGAGAGCUCUUCUGUUGAUGACGAUCUUGCAAAUUUGAAGAAAGAAUUAUCUGGGAGCUUUAAGAAAGGAGAACUACCGGCUGGAAACACAGCUGUUCCAAGCGAAAACAAGGCUUUUCCAUUUAGAGAUGCUCAGAUUGAGAAAGAGCUCAAUGAUUUGAGACAAAAGUCGAAGGAUUUAUAAAUUUCAAUUCUUGUGCAUAUCUUGUUGAUUCUUAGCUAUCUGGAUUCGGGUUUGUUUCGACGCACAGGAUCACUGAUUUGUAUAGAUGAUCCGUCAAAGCCUCAGAUGAAAUCAUAGUUUUCGGGGAAGGGUACCAUAAUUAUUGUAUACUUACGGAUGAAUAAUGAGAGUGAUGUAUGAUAAUUAACCUUUUCCUACAUCAUAAUCGCAUUUGAAGCGUAUAUUUA